CCCGGCAGCAGAUCCGAGCAGCAGCAGCAGCAGCAGCAGCAGGAGGAGGAGCACCAUCAAUCGAAGCUCUGUCCUUGUUGGUGGUGCACUUUCCGAGACCGGCUGGGCUGUGGGCUGUGGGCUGUGGGCUGGGCGGAUAGAAGGUCCUCCAUCAACCUGCGAUCUUCCUUUUCGCCUUGCUUCCUUCCACGAUCGCGCGCAUGUUCGCCUGCCCCUUUCCUGCUCGAUCGGCUUGGGUUGGACAGGCGUGGAUGCCUGUACCCUGAGAUCCAAGAUCUCACGUCGUCGCGGAGGAAUUACCAGAAAACACAUUGCCUGAGCUGAUCUGACCUGCCGACAGCGCAGGGCGUCCGUCUGUCGCAUGCUGCAGUCUAGGGGGUGAAAAAUCUGGUCUUUGGCAGAGAGCAGCAGGGGAGGAGGGUAAAAGGAAAAUGUUCGGUUGUUUGCAGCGAGGACUGCCGAGAUCUGGAAGUUACAGCUUCGGGGCUCGGGCAUAAAGCAAGCUCGAGGAUACCCGAGAAGGAGACGAGCUGGAGGUGUCGGAGGGAUCGUUUGGCCAAGUGCGGAACCGAUCGACAUCGAGUUCCCAGCUCGACCAGUCGGGAGAACACCAGCAACAGCAGCAUUUCGAGGCGCACGCAAAGAUGAGGGGCGCACGGCAGGAAAGCCUGGGGGAGAAACUGUACCGGUACAGGGGUGUGUUGUUUGUGGUGUCGAUACCGAUUGCCCUCAUCUCUUUCGUUCUUCUCUUGAUGCCGCGCUCUCUGGACGAUGCGUCGAUCGCUGGGCUCGAUAAUUUUGAGCCUGGUCCCGGAAAGAUUUUAAUGGAGCCUGGUUCAACCAAGCGAUGGUCGAUCGUAUUUGAUGCCGGAAGCUCAGGAAGUAGGGUGCAUGUUUUUGCCUUCGACACUAGCAUGGAUCUGAUUCCUUUCGAGGAUGGAAGUAUGGAGAUUUUCUUGCAGUCGAAGCCUGGACUAAGCAACUACAGUGGGAGACCCGAGGAAGCUGCGAAGUCUUUGAACGUGUUACUUGAUCCAGCUUUGGAAGCUGUCCCUCGUAGUUCGUGGUCAGAAACUCCGGUUCUUCUGGGGGCUACUGCCGGACUGAGGCUUCUCCCAGGUGAAAAUUCAGAAAAUAUUCUCGAGCAGGUUCGAAGUUUAUUGGGUAAUACUGGUCUGAAGUUUAAGGAUGAAUGGGUUUCUAUCUUGAACGGAGCAAAGGAGGGCACAUACCAGUGGGUAACCGUAAAUUAUCUUCUUGGAAAUUUGGGGAAGUCCUUCGACAAGACAGUUGGUGUUGUCGACCUUGGUGGUGGCUCCGUUCAAAUGUCGUAUGCUAUCUCAGAAGAGACAGCGAAGACAGCGCCUAAGCCUCAGUCAGGCGUCGACUCUUACGUCGUCAAACUGAAUUUGCUCGGCCAAACUUAUUACUUAUACGUAUACAGCUACUUGCGCUAUGGACUGCAAGCCGUCAGGGGAGAGAUUCUGAAGCUUGUGAAGAAGACGGACACUUGCCCCUGUAUUCCCGAAGGAUUUGACGGCACUUACAAAUAUGGCAGUGAGAGCUGGAGGGCAGUUGCUGGCCCAGAUGGUGCGGACGUUGCGAAGUGUAAAGAGCUGGCACUAGAAGCACUUAGAAAGGAUGAUGCUUGCACCAGCAUGCAGUGUACGUUCGGAGGGGUCUGGAGUGGAGGGGGAGGAGCUGGAAGAAAGAAACUUCUUGUAGCUUCUUUUUUCUUUGACAAAGCCUUGGAGGCUGGCAUCAUAACAGAUCCUAAAGCCUCACAGGCAACCAUUAAACCUUCAAACUUUCAGAAGGCUGCAGCGAAGGCUUGCAAGAAAAACGUUGACGAUGUCCAAUCAACGUAUGGUUUGUCGGCAUCAGACGCCCCGUACUUCUGUAUGGAUCUUGUGUACGAAUACCUCCUUCUUGUGGAAGGAUUCGGAAUUGAUGCAAACGAGGAAAUUACUUUGGUCAAACAAGUGAGUUAUCAAGGCGGACUUGUGGAAGCCGCUUGGCCUCUUGGAAUGGCCAUCGAGAGUCUGUCGUCGUAAUUCACUUAAAUCACAUCAUUUUUUGUUUUCUAUAAGUCCUCUCAUAGUUAGUCUCAUUCUUUCGAAAGCGAAUUCUAGGAUCUGGUUACCUGCGGUAGUGUCCAGUGACAACACACUGUCCGAAGCGGAAGUAUGCAACGCGUGUAUCUGUAAAAUCUUCGUGAAAAUGAUGCUGUGGCUUUCAUCAUAAGCACCGUAAUCAGAGAGGCCGAAAGCCUCUCGCCACCAAUACUUACCGCGUGCAACUGAAAACGCUAUGUGACGAUACGACACAAAUGGAUUGACAUGUAAUCCUCUCCCCUACGCAGAAGUAAAAGGUGACUAUUUAUUGUU